AUGCCCAUCAACGCCAACGCCGUCCUUAAUCGCCUCCAAGACCAGACCAUUCGUGAUUGGUCGUAUCUCGAGGCUUCCUUCACCACCCAUGGGGAGGCCACAAGAGCGGCUAAUGAAAGCGAUGAGGCCGCUGCGCACCCUAUCAUGGACAAGUUCAUAACUGACCUCGGUUCAGAGGAAAUCCGCACGCUGACAAACUUCACUGUCACUGAGUUUGAAACUCUUUGGUCCUUCGUGGGCACUGCCAUGCAAUCGGCUUGGAUGGAAGGGCGCGGCCGUCGAUCUCCUACGAGCCCGAAGGACGCCAUGUUCAUGGCUCUGACCGUCCUCAAGCACUUUUCGUCAUGGGAAAAGCACGCUGCGGAUUAUGGCUUCAAGGCACCAACGUUUGAGAAGCUUAUCAUGCGCGUGCUCUCGGUGAUUGAACCCAUCUUCUACCGACGUUUCAUCACUACAGAGACGAUGGCGGAGCUCACCCAGACAGGUCAGCGCUUUGCCCACUUUCCAUACGCUCUCUAUGCUGUAGACGUCAAGUUUCAACCUUCCAACCGACCUGCCGAUCGCUUUGCUGAGCAGAAGCACUACUUUAGUGGUAAACACCACUUGUAUGGCUACAAGAUCGAAGCAGCUGUGUCGCCAGAUGGCCGAUGUGUUGCCAUGUCUACUGCCGACCCUGGAUCUGUGCACGACCUUACCAUUAUGAACUCUCGCAAACAUGUCCACCUUGCCAACUUAGCCAAGUCGGCCUCCGAAUCCCUUGUGCCGGACCAUGGAGAGCAGGCUGCCCUGCAUCGUGGCUCCGACUUGGAACGAAAUGCCAACGUCUCCUCAAAUCGGGUGAUCGUGGAAAACUUCUUCGGCCGAGUGUGCUCCCUCUGGCGCGUAUCCUGCGCCACGUACACGUGGUCCGAGCGAAACUACUCUGCGAUCCAGCGAGUUACGUUUGCGUUGACAAACUUUGACUUGUCCUUGCUACCCUUGCGCCAUGAUGACGAGGACUUUUAUGGCCGUGUACUCGCUCGCUACCAACGUAUGGCGAAUGAAAAGAAGCGCAAGCGUCAAGAAACUCAACGCCGUUAUCGGUUGAACCGUCAAGAACGUGCCGCUAUGGAUGCUGUCCGUGUUAUGCGCUUCUAG